AUGGACCCUUUCACGCAGAACAUACUAGAGCGUGCCGAAAAACGAGCUGCAGCUCUUGGCAUAACGAGCACCUCCAAGUUUCCGUUGUCCGAGUUCAACUACGAUGCAGAGAAGCCAACGGUGGUAGGAGCGUCACCGAAAAAGAAACCGGCGUCGAAGAAGCAUUCUGCCCCGAGAGCCCCGGCUUCUCCUACGACUGUGACGAGCCGUACGGUUGCAGCAGACGGAGGCCGAACGACAACGCUGGACAUUGGUGGACAGGAUGAUUGUGACCUAGCGCUCGAAAUAAACAUCACAACCAGCGCCAAUCUGCAGGUGGAUCUUGGCGUGAAGGAACUGGAAAGCGAUGGCAGCGUGAAGAAGCAGUGGGAGCACAACCUAGUGCGUGCAAUCGAAAUGGGCGAUGGUGAAAAGGAGAAUGCGGAGGCAAAAAGCUUGAUACGCGAUCAAUCGCGAAACCAGCUGCAACGACUCGGUACGCUGUACUCCGAUACGCAGGACCUGUCCUCACCGGUGCACCGUACCGAAGGGCGUUUCCAUGAGGACGUGAGGGAGAGCGCCAAACCGAAGCCAAAGCUGGCCAAGUUGGCUAUGCUUGCCGAUUCGAUCAACAACUGGGAGGACGAUACGUCUCACCCGGACAUCACGCAUCAUCGCGAGACGCUGGUGACGGGUAAAGAAAAGUCUCCGAAACGUCACCAAAGUCCCAGGAGUGCUCAAACCGCGUCCUCGGCUGGUUCAGGUACGGGCGCGACCCCGAAGAAGUACACGGCACCUAAUCCACCGAAAUCAAUAUUGAGCCAGCAGAAGCCGACGAGCGGAGGCAGUGUACCGGUGCCAGGUAAAUCAUUGCAGCAACCGAAAACCCUCAAAUGGGACCAACAAGUAAUGGAUGCGUUGGAAUCGCAAGGAUUCCAGCGACGCGAAUCGUCUGCACCGAAGAUGGUGUACGAUUAUAAACAGGACAAAGGGGACAAAAAGUCGGAAACCUACCGUGCCCCGACCACGGCCAGUACGGCACGGAUCGAGAGUAGCCACAGCCCUAAUUCCCGCGAACGUACCGUUCCGAAACAAACGGCGUCUACGCAAAAAGAGGACGAACCGAAGAAAUCUAAUUCAGAGCCCAGCAAAACUGCCCCGCGGGGUAUCGUUUCGGGGCGUGCGGCAAUGUUUGAAAAAACGUCGGGAAGACGGCAAUCGAUUUUGAAAAAUGGUCAAAAAGAUCCAGCCGAAAUGUCGCUUAAGGAGCGAAUGGCCAUUUUUGAAAAGAACAAAGGCGCAGCACUGGUACCAAAAGCCGCCUUCGGAAUCAGUCCUUCGAUCCGUCAGAUCACCGGCCAAAAGGACGACAAACCCUCGGGGCCCUGUGCCGCCAUCCAGGGGUCCGGUUUCGGGAGUAUAACUCAAUCGAAAGUGCCACCAUCUCCGCAGAGAAACGCACCCAAACCGGACGGUGGCAGUAAAGUGCCGCCCAAAGCCGAAACGUUGGCCAGCGGAUCGGCCAUCCGAAACACGGUUGCUGCGCUGUUGACCAACACCAGCACCAUCUCGGAGUCCCAAAUAGCCGAAGAUGUUCGUCGACAGCGGCAGCAGGAGAUGGAUAUGUUGCUCAAUCGAUUUACCAAACCGGUCGAUAUGUCAUCGGAUGCCGCAAUGCACGAUUCCAGGCCGAUUCCGUCGGCCCCUCCCAUGCCUCCGGAGGGUUAUCUUACUUCGAGCGGAAAGAAGAAGAAAUCGAAGGACAACCAGCCAGGUGCUAUCAAGCGCCGUAGUGAUGGCUCCAACGACAGUCCAGGCGUAAUGGCACCGCUGGAAGAUGUGAAGCGUAUCCGUGUGGUACCGACCGCGAAGGAAGGCCGCAUGUAUCCCGCCCUAAGCGACAUCGAAACGACGGCCACCGAGUCGGGCGAUGAGGCUGGUCCUGGGGACGACUACACCACGGCUACGGUAUCUGGAUCGGAAUCGUCCGACCGUGCUUUCCGGACGUGCCAUAGUAGCGAUGGCGAGGAGCAGCACAGCGACCAACAGGAAUACGACGAUGAGGAUGACGAUCGGCGACACGAAGACGCCCGGUACGAGAUUGAUGAGGAUGACGACAGUUUCAUGUACUCGGACGAUGAUGACGAAAUCAACAUGGCCAACGUCAGCUUGGGGCGUGAAAUUCUUCAGGCCGUCCAAAUGAAUGAUAGACGAUCUAGCCAGCAUCAUCGUGGUCGCCGCCAGAGCCAGGAAGGGAAGAAUCGUGCCCGAGAACCAGCCGCUGGUUCUAGGCAACAAAGCCCAACGCACGACCAUAGCAAUAGUACCGUAAGCGUUAGUUCGGGCGUGCUGGAGGACAGUGAUUUCCUCGAUGCCUGUCUCGAGGAAGCGUUCGUUAAGGAAGGCGACGAGGACAGUGAAGCAUUCGAUACACCUCGCAAAUCGUCGGUUUCGUCAAAUAGUUUUUCGUACCAGAAACCUUCGAACCAAGGUGGACGCUGUGCGCCUAUCGUUGAGGAAGAGCGGAGCGAAAAAACCGCUGGAGACAAGCGCAAAUCGAAAACACCGCGCAAGAGCACAGGGGCAGCCCAUCCCGUCGACUACAGCAGCCCGGUCCGGUCGGAACUGCAGGUGAAACCGUCUGGUGAUGACAGUAUGGUCACCCUUGUCCACACGGUGAGCUUCUAUCGUCGCCAGCAGCAACAGCAAAGUGCGCUUACACCCCGCAAAGUACCUCGCACGCCUGUGGGACCGAAAGUACUAGCUUCCGGGGGUCUCCAAGCAGAUGCGGUUGAUUCAAACACCGCGGACUCGGAUAAUUCGGAAGAUGAAAGCAUUUCGAGCGCGGCAGAGUCGACCAGCACCAGUGGCACCACCGAGGAGAGUGCGUUUUUGGUGCAAGAGAAGGUCAAAAAGCUGCUGGACGAGGUGUGUAAACAGCAAACGGUCAUUGCCCAGGCCAGUCAAGCGCUUAACCUGUGCGCGGCCACGAUCGAGUUUUCUGGUUCCACGGAAUCAGCCGAAGGGGAACGUCACCUGCUCGUGGCCACUCACCGUCGGCAGGCUAUUUUGGACGAAGUGCAAAGAUUGCGCGUCGAAGGAUGUCUACGACCGCCCGGUGCGCCGAUGGAAAAGGGUCGCCUAACAGUAAAGGACAUAACGUUGCCUCUUAAGCAAGAGUACAUGCGCAAGCUCGGUGCAGAUCAGAUCAGUGGCCACAAUUUGGUUUGUCUGCUGAAGUACAAUGAAACGGUUUUGGCCACGCAAACGGCACCAACGCUACCGGGACUGCUAUCGGUUCGAUUUCCCGAUGUGCUGCAGUUAAGCAAUGUGUUUGCCGAUUUUAAGAUAACGAUGGAAAUAUAUGGAAUGCCGGCCUCCCGGGAGGUUCUUCCGCACGAAAUUAAGUACCAUAUAGCGAUGGGAAAGAAGAAGGAAGGAAAACUGUUGCUCCACACUCCGAAGGGCGUCAAGAGCAAUUCACGGUUGAUCAUGCCCCCCGUGCAGUCACCGGCAGGUCCUCAAGCAGUCCGUUCGCCUUCGCUGGCCCUGUAUGGGUUCAUCAUUUUCUCGCUGAAGGAAAUUCAGCGCACCAGUUGGACGCUUAAUCCAAUUUCCGGCUGUGCCAGCCCACUGGAGGGCAUAGUGAACAUGCGAGUGAACUGCGAGCUAGCUGUUACGGUCGAUUAUCACGGAUUUCUCACCAUGUACGAAGACGUUUCGGGACUCGGGGCUUGGCAUCGGAGGUGGUGUCGAUUGCAGCGUCAUACGAUCAACUACUGGAAGUACCCGGAUGAUGAGCGUCGCAAGGCACCGAUCGGAAGCAUUGACCUGCAGGGUUGCUCUACGGAGCGGCGAGUGACCGUGGCGCCCAGGGACAUUUGCUCGCGCCUCAAUACACUAAUGCUGGAGUUUCCGCGACCGGCGCGCGAGGAUGAUGUGGAUUCGCUGAAGAUUGUACGCCGCGGCAAAACAACCAUCGAAAGAUACCUUUUGUCGGCCGAUUCGAAGGAGGAACGGGAUGAAUGGUGCGUCCAUUUGAACAAAACGCUCGCCCUACUGAAAGCCUGGGGUUCCAACCAUACCUCCAGUUAG